GGAAAACUGACCAGGCAUUAACUCCAGAUAUUGUUUCUUAUUUUGUUGUGGGAGUUCGGCUGCAGCACUCCAUUGGUCUCGUUUCCUGUUGACCUAGGGCGCCUCAUAAAUAGACUGCAUCCUUGUGCAGUCAAGGACUUCCUGACGACCUCAAACAUGACGUUCACCACAUUCAACAUGUUGGCGGGAGUCGCUGGCUUCGCGCAGUUGGUUUCUUCGCUGGUACUCACUGAUGUAUAUCGCCUUGCAACCUCUAAAUACUGCCUUCAUGCACCCGGCACACUUACCGCUGGAGUUCAAGUUCAAGCCAUUGUAUGCCAUGCUGGGAGGACUGACCUCAUAUUGGCGCUCGAGUUAUUAGAGGGUAGAACACAGCCCCAAGAUCCGGGAUUCCUUCACUCGCAAGCAGAUCCUUCGUUUUGCAUGCAAGACUCUACAGACAAGGUUACAUGGGAGACGUGUGACAUAAAGAAAACAGCACAAGCUUGGGAAGAGAUCCAAGUAGAUCCAAAACAAGUUCGCUACAGGAGCAUGUCUUCGGGAAAUUGCACCAGUCCCGCCCUACCGCAAAAUGACUUCUCCCUGCUCAACAGUACCGCUGUAGCCAACGCUUCUCCACCUGUUUACCCUAUGCUGUUGAAACCCUGCGCGGAAGCAAUCACUUAUACGUUCAUAUCUCCCGAAAAUCUUGGUGCGAUGUUCCCUCUGCCUGCUCCUACCGGCGCUCCUACUACGCCCCCAUCACCUACUCCGUCUGUCCCGGUCCAGGUUCCGGGCGAGGCGAGACCUCAGAAUGGUGACUGCCAUUAUGUUUAUUCCUUGCCCAACAUGGGCUUGGGACUCUACUGGACCUAUCAGGCCAGUGAUAAUGGCACAUACACCUUGGCGCGCGCGAGCUUACCUUCCAAAAUGUCAAUGAUCCUCAAUCCCUUUUCCAUCUUACGGGAUACUUUGCGGUUGAGCGCUUACUCGACACGACCGAUACCUUCAGAUUUCGGUUGGGAACCCGAUGCAUAUCCGUAUCCGAAGCACCGGAUGAGCGUCUGGAGAUGAUAGCCUGCGCUAUUCCCCAAAAAUCCGUCACCACUGCCUCGCCGCAAUUCCUCGCACAAACGUUCAAACUCGAUUGUGUUUCCUCUAACACAUUGGACUUGAGUGAACCCCUGCUGUGCUCAAUCCAGACUGCUAAAGGACAAUGCAGCAAAGCCGAAUUUAGUACUGUGUCAGCAAAUGUCAGUUACCCUUUGAAGCCCGUUCUUCCAGUAGCCAGCGGCCGACUUGAUUGUCCGAAACAAUAUUUUCUUUCACCUCUUCCAAACAAAUGCUGGGCUGACAUGUUGUCGGAUCCCUCCACGACUCUUGCUCCAAGUGUCCCUCAGGCUCCGACGGCCUCUGCUGCGACAGGAUUACGUAGACUAGUUAGAACCACGGGACGUUGCUACAUUACUGUUGCCGUGGUCUUCUUCAUUAUGGCAACACUCUUUUAUAUUUAGAGCCGCAACACCUAUAACCAAUAGAUUACGGAUUAUUUCAA